GAUUUAAAUUAUUUUUUACGUAUAAUGAUUUUUUUAAAGAAACAAAACCCUACUCGUAACGGGAACUGAUUCCAGUGAAAGACCAAAAAUCCUAUUUCUCAUAAGAGAUCUUGAUAAUCAUAUAUGCCUGAGAAAAUAAAUAAAUAAAUAAAAAGGAAAAACCUAUGGUGUCCGUUAAUCCCUUAGCAAUAAACUGCUUUCAACUUUCAUUUUAAAAGCCUCUAGUUUCCUCUCUUUCAGUCUGUCCCUUCUGAAAGAGAGCAGCAAAAAAUGUUGGCUACAUCUUCUUCUACUACUACUUCUUCGCUCACUUUUCUUCAUCCACUUACCAAUUAUAAUACCUCUCAAACUCCCUCUAUCAACCCAUCUUUUCUUUCUUUCUCUUCUUCUUCUUCAUUUGUUUCGCCUCUCACUUUUGGUCUCCAUAGCAAAACCCAUGUCAGGAUUAGCCCAAAACUCAAGGGAUUGAGGAUAAGUUGUUUAAAAAAGGAACCUUUGAAGGUGAUGAUAUCAGGUGCCCCGGCAUCAGGUAAGGGCACCCAGUGUGAGUUGAUUGUACAAAAGUUUGGAUUGGUGCAUAUAUCAACAGGGGAUAUCUUAAGAGCCGAAGUAUCAUCAGGGACAGAUAUUGGAAAUAAAGCAAAAGAAUUCAUGAAUUCUGGGCGUCUGGUUCCUGAUGCGAUCGUGACUGCUAUGGUGACAGCCAGAUUAUCACGUCAAGAUGCUAAGGAGAAAGGGUGGCUUCUUGAUGGAUACCCAAGGAGUUUUGCCCAGGCACAAAGUUUGGAAGAAUUGAAUAUUAGCCCUGAUAUCUACAUUGUAUUAGAUGUUCCUGAUGAAAUUCUAAUCGACAGAUGCGUUGGUAGAAGGCUAGACCCAGUCAGAGGGAAAAUUUACCAUCUGAAAAAUUUCCCUCCUGACUCUGAUGAAAUUAAAGCUAGACUGGUUACCCGUGCUGAUGACACAGAGGAGAAAGUGAAGGCACGACUAGAAAUAUACAAGCAAAAUGCUGCAGCAAUCUCAUCCACUUAUACAAGCAUAACAAACAAGAUUGAUGGAAACCGUCCAAAAGAGAUAGUUUUCAAAGAUAUAGACUCCUUGUUAACUCAACUGCAGAAGGAUAAAACAGCAAAAUCAGUGAAACCCCUUCAAACUGAGAGCCAUUUAGAUCAGGCAUCUUCAGACCAGGAUGACAAAUGGAGAGGAAUUCCUACUAGAUUGAAUAAUAUUCCUCACUCUAGAGAAAUCAGAAAUUAUUUCUAUGAUGAUGUGCUACAAGCCACACAGAGAGCUGUAAAUGAUGGAAGAACUCGAUUAAAGGUGGAGAUUAAUAUCCCUGAGCUGAAUCCAGAAAUGGAUGUUUACCGAAUAGGUACCUUAAUGGAGCUAGUACGAGUUAUUGCACUUUCGUUUGCUGAUGAUGGAAAACGUGUCAAGGUUUGUGUUCAAGGUUCUAUGGGAGAGGGUGCACUUGCAGGAAUGCCCUUACAACUUGCUGGUAGCCGAAAGAUCUUGGAAUUCAUGGAUUGGGGUGAUUAUGGUGCUAUGGGAACAUUUAUCAAGAUUGGUUCAAUAGGUGCCAAAGAGGUUGAGGAACAAGAUGAUAUGUUCAUUUUAGUGGCUCCUCAAAAUGCUGUUGGCAAUUGCAUUAUAGAUGAUUUGAAAGCGAUGACUGAUGCUGCCGGGAAACGGCCAGUUAUACUUAUCAAUCCUAGACUCAAGGAUCUUCCUGGUUCAAGUGGCAUUAUGCAAACAAUGGGUCGGGAUAAGAGACUGGAGUAUGCAGCUUCCUUCGAAAGUUGCUACUUUUUCAGGCUUCUUUAUUAUGCUGGAACCCAAUAUCCAAUCAUGGGUGCAAUAAGAAUGACUUAUCCAUAUGAUUAUGAGCUGUACAAGAGGGUGGAUGAACAACCUGGGAAGGAAAAGUAUGUUUCUUUAUCAACAUUUACAGAAAGGCCUACCAUUGAUGAAAUUAAUGAUGCCUUCCUUGGAAAACCAAGAAAGAAAGAUAAGAAAGUCUCUGGAAUUUGGGGCUUUCUGAGUGGUGUAUUUUGAGUACAGCUGAUGUUGUUUAACCCACGAAGCUGGGCAGUGGGAACAUGUCACAAGCAAGUUUAUAUAUUAGUAAGUAUUAUACCAAAGGAAAAAAAAAAAGAAAAAGAAAACUAAACACUUUGGACCGUCUUCCAAUUGUAUCCAUCUGAAUUCCAAUUUUUUCAUUCUAGGAAUCAGUUGGAUGUUACAUAUGCUUGAAGGCACAGCUUAAUUUACUUGUUCUGCAUUAACAAGUAUCAAUCCAGCAAUUUUAUUUUUGCAUAUAUAGCAUAAAAUUGCUUUCCCUUUUCAGUGAAGCUAAGUAAAGUAAUAUGCCUACCCCUCCUUCCUCUUCUAUAUCCUUGGAAGUAGGAAACUAGAUAAGCACGUUGGUGCACGUUGCUUGGUGAUAGCUUGCAACCUUGAGUGAAAUUAUGAUAAUUGACUGUUUGGUUAUGUUAUUUUAGAACGGUUACCUUCCCUAGGUCAAACCUGCUAUAUCAUCAUAUUCAAUCUCUAGCGUGAUGAGAUUGUUAUUAGUAAUACUCUAAUACUAUUAACAAUCUUAUCACUACUAUUGCUUUUUUUUUCCCAAAAUCUUAUCACUAUUAUUGCAUUA